ACCUAGUCCUUGCUAUAACAGCGCCCAGACAUCACUUCUUGAACGCCUUGGCGCGCUCCUUGUUUUUCAAAAAACUACGCGGCGGGACGUCCUUAUCAUUUCUUUAGUGAUUUUUCAAGUGAUGUAAUAUGGAUGUGAUUAGAUUUUUUGGAAUAUUUGGAUACUGGUUUUUUUUCUUUAGUCAUGUUAACGCUACUCUUCAAGUAACUGACAUCAUCGGCCCAGAUUCCAUAGAACUUGGCACGACAGAAGAACUGAUACUGGAUUGUGAAUUCGAGGCACAAAACGAAAACGACGUAGUCCUUAAAUGGUUCUUUAACGGCUUAGAGGACCAGAUAUACCAAUGGAUUAUUCCGAACGACCACGCCUAUGCUUCGGGAAGUUUGAAGGAAUUUAUAGAUCCUACUUACCGAGCUUCGGAGCAAUCUAAUGGUACAUAUAGGGCGUUGAGGUUUAAGAAGAUUAGUUCAGAGCUCACGGGGAAUUUUACUUGUAAGGUGGAUAGUGACGAUGGGUUUCACUCACUUACGAAACAAGUAAUUGUAUACUCUCCUGCAACUUCUUUUGAAAUAUUCCUAAUCGGGGGCGACGACGAAUUUGAAGGAGACGAAGUUGUACUUUGUGACGCGUUGAAUGUUUCCCCAAAGCCAGAUUUUGAUAUUUACAUUUCUUCAGAGAAUGGUUCAUUAGAAAUCCCAUCCGAUAUGUUCACCGAAAGCAAACGAAUAACUCCCGACAUUGAAGGAGUCUACAAUGUUUCAAUCACUCUGUCUUUCAACUCCAGCUACCUCUCAGAGUCGACUAAGUUUGUUUGUCGAUUGAGCAUACCAGGCACAAAUUAUACAGAAGUAAAGAGUGUGGAGUAUUUUGUCGAUUAUGAUUUAGACACUGAACCCAGCCCUACCCUUAUUUAUGAAGAUGACCCUGGUGUUAAUAGUACCACAGAGGAAACCCUUUUUGAAAAUGAAGAUAGCGGCAAAAAUCCUCUUCAAGCCUCAAUAGUUCUGGCGCUGCUGCUGAUGUUCUCACUGGUCCUAGCUACUUAAAACCGGCUGUGAUAGGCUCAUUAGGAAAAAAUUAUGACCAUUAUUAAUUCUGGAAAAAUAACCAAUUAUUUUUUUGUUUAUGAAAUAUUGUUUGUACAAAAUGUAAAUAAUAAUUGUUUCGUCAUUGUUGUACAGUCACAAAAUAAUAUUAACAAUGCCAAAUGUUUAAUACCAAAGUAAACAAAAUGUGAAUAUUAUGUUAUAUUUUUGUAAUUUCUAGUCUAAUGUUUGAAUCAAAUGAAUUAAUAAAAGAAACUGUUGAUUGUAAUUUUUACUUAA